AUGCAGUUCCUUAACGUUAUCCACACCAAACGCGGUGGUUUAGCAACUCCGAUAGUCGGUGAAACUGGCCUUCGAAAAAAACGAGUUUGUCGAAACAUUCCUCCGAUAGAUCGUGUACGCCAAAUACAAAUAGAUAGAAAGCACGUAGAGGAAUGUAGCUGGAUGCUACAUUCGAUGUGCCAAGCCACAUGUCAGGCGGCUUUUUCCUUUGCGAAGACGCACUCUCCUUCCCCUCGAGAACAUGCUGGGAAAGAUUUUGGAAGAGAAGUUAAUAACUCACCGGCACGCGAACAGCUUUUGUUGGGUCAAUUACAAAGUAUCCAAAGGAUUUAG